GAGUUUGUUAGCCGCGCGCCGUCACACAGCCAUGAUGUGCGUGUCUGCCACCAACACGCCGGGCAGCGCCACCAGCAGCACGUGGAAGCAGCCAGAGGAUGCUGAUGGCGAUGAAGAAGUUGAUGACGUCACAAGACUUCCUGACACUGUGGGUCGGUAUCGCCGAGCGAUGACGUCACGGGCGACACUUUGGACCAAUCAGUGUGCUGUUUGCCGCAGACGGCAGUCACGUGGCCUGUGACAUCCUGCAGCGUGUCCACCAACACAAGAAGAAGCAACACCAGGAAGCCGUGCGGCAAAUGGACGCCCAACUCACGCAGCUGGCUCAGGUGUGCGAGACGCAGGUGAGGACGCACAGCGUCCAGCUGUUGUCCACUCUGCAGCGCAUCAACAUGUCUGUGGACGCGCUGCAAGACAACAUGCAACACGUGGAGCAACGCAGCCUGCAGGAGGUGCUGAGCGUGUGGACUGAGGUUGAGGAGCAGAUGAAGCAGAAGAAGAAGAGCCUGGUGGACUUUCAGGUCCAAGUCGGCGAGUGCGAAAGACAGCGAGUCAUCAAGAUGAGACCUGUGCUCAGGAAGUACUGCCAUCUGCUGGGGAAGAUCAACUUCCUGCCGUGUGCUGACAUGCACAGACAGAUCCACAGCGAGGCCACGAUGCUCAAUCAGACCCUGCUGGCCAACCGGCGCAGCGCGGCGCGCGUCCUGCUGCUCCUGCAGGAGGCCACGCUCCAGCAGGAAGCGCUCCUCCAUCUGCAGUGGGAGGAGUCUUUAAGCCGCUGGAGGCGGAGCCGAGCCCAGCAGGUGGUGCAGGAGUUCAGGGCGGGGCUGACGAGCGGAGACGUCUGGCGGCUGCUGGCGGAUCAGAUGACCUCGCAGGAAGUGUCUCAGAGCGUGCGCCGCCUGUCCCAGCGACGCAGCGACAUCAUCGCGGAGAUCAGCUCCCUGGUCCCGCCCUCCUUCUCCACGGCCCUCGUCUCCGAUUGGUCGGAGAAGCUGACGGCCGUCAAUCAACACAUCGACAGCCUUCACUCGGACUUCCUGCAUCAGUUGCGUUGUUGUUACGAGCUCACGUGGCAGGAGCGCCUGGCUCAGGCGCAGGUCGCCAAGGAAGCGCUCUUGUCGCUGGAGCUGCCCGAGAAGGAAGUGAAUGAAAUGGUCAAGUCGGAGCUCCUCUCUCUGAUUGGCCAAUACCAGCGGCAGGAUGAAGGCCAGCUGGCGGCCAUUGAUAUGUGUGCAGACGGGCUGUGGGCGGCGUCCGCCAGGCUCAGCAGGCGUGCCUUCCUGGUGAUGCGUGCGCUGGCGUUGCUGUGGGAGGAGCACAGCGGCAACCUGCUCAGCCUGGAAGAGGAAGUUCAGCGCCGCCUGGAAGAGCUGAGGUGUGCUCAGGAGAAACACGUCCAGAGGAAGAAGGUGUUCCUGGACGAGAUGCUGGCCGGACUCCGCCAGGAGAGCAGCGAAGCGGCCCUGAAGACGUCCAUGGAGCAAACCGUCCACUACCUGCAGAACCUCAGGGUCAGCUGUGGCGAGUGCGUCUCCAAUCAGUGCCGCGUGUUGGACCGCCUCCCGCAUGACUUUGUGGACGAGCUGGACAGCUACAGCAAACACCUCAGCACCUUCUACCACCUCAGUGACGCCUUCACCCUGAACCCACAAGACCUCCAGAAACUCCCGCCAGUCGCUGACAUCAUCAGCGGCGCUGAGGACGGCGCUGAGGACGGCGCCGAGCCUGAGAAGCCUUGUGAUUGGCUGGCGGAGGCGCAGACGUCCCUGCUCGACCUCUACGACCUCAGCAGCAAUCUGGCGUUCACAUCGUCAAGGGGCGUGUCCUACUCCGCCCCCGCCUUCAGGUGCCCCGCCAGUGACCUGCCCGGCAACAUGAGCAAGCAACAGGAAACGCACCUGAGCGUGUUUCCUGUGGAGACGCUCACGCACUCGCUCGGCAGGGCGCGCACGUUGUUUUUCGAGCACCUGGAGCAUCGUUACCAUGACGUCCUGACCUCUGUGGUUGCCACGGUGAUGGAGAGGAAGGAGGCGGUGCAGGCGUAUCACGACCUUCAAAUGCAGCAGCUCGACCCCCAACAUGUCAGGGCGUGCAUCUACGUGCCCCGCCUCGGCGAGCUGCAGAAACACAAGCAAUGUGUGGAAACUCACUGCCAGGAAGUGUCAGACGUGCUGACUUCCUGCAGGGCGGCGCUACGCCAGCUGCAGGCGUCCGUCAGCAAGAAGAACCAGCAGCUCACCGCCACGCUGUCCAAGAUGGACGACAGCGUCCUCAAAACAGACGGCAGCAGACGCCUGGAGGCCCUUAGCUCCACCCUGCAGGACUGUCUGGAUGAGCACAUCAAAGACACCCAGCGCUCCCACGCCGCCUUCAGACACGUGCUUCAGCUCCGGAUGGAGGAUCUCCGACGCCGGACCGCCUCCCUCCUCCACUCCUUCAGGUUGUUCAGCGAGGGAGGCGACUUCACUCGCCAUGAAGUGAAAAUAUUCCAGCGACGUCUGAGAGAAGAAAGUAAACGAAUCAGCCUGGCGGAGGAGAACAUCUACAUGGACCUUCAAAACCUGGGGUCCAAGAGCUUACAGCAGGUGAAGGCGGUGUCGGGGCGUUUUGAGGAGAAGCUGUGGCUCCUGCAGGCUGAGGUGAAGUUCAUGGAGAAGGUCCAAAGGAUUCUGAGCAGCACCCAAGUGGAGGUCAGGGCCGAGGCGGCCAGCAGCAACCACCAGGAGGCGACCAUCAGCGCUCGUCUGGAGGAGCUGGGGGAGAUUCUGGCGGGAGAGGAGGUUAGCUGCUCGUUAGCAUGCUGGUCCUCCUCAGCUACUGUGUGUGUGUGUGUGUGUGUGUGCGUGCGUGUGCGUGUGCACGUGCAGGUGUGUGCCGAGCAGGCGUGUGUCCUGCUGUCGUUCAUCAGCGACGCCCUCAGGAGGCGGAGUCACUACCUGGACGAGGAGAUGGUUCCCGUGCCCGCCACGGCCAAAUCCAGGAAGCAGGUGUGGUCGGCCCCGCCCCCUGCUCUGCUGCAGCCCUGCAGGUCGGGGGGGAACAUUCUGGAAGACCCCAUAGUGGGCGUGGUCAAGGCUCUGAACAGGUUCUCCGGGGGUCACGACCCCGCCGCCACCGGCCCCACGACCUUCACAGGUCGAAGCCCCGCCCAUCGCCAGCCAUCCUCCCGCCGGAGCGAGUCUGCUGCGGCCACCAGGUCCCUCAGGACUGACAAAAGGUUCCAGAUCUUUGGUUCCAAACCAGAAGCGGACCAGAAUCCAGACUGCUACAUCUCCACGGUGAACGGCAUGCUGAGGAGGACUCACCACACCCUGCUGCUGGUUGCCAAGGACUUCUACCAGAGUCAGCGCUGCGGGGGCUUCCAUCUUCUUCCCGGGGCCCUGGACCAGUGGGUGGACGGCAUCCAGCAGAGGCUGCUGGGAUAUCACGAGCACGCCAAGACGCUGCUGAGCGCCAGCAGAGAAGCGCUGGAGCGCCAGCAGCACGUGUUGGCCGACACCGUGCGCUCGCUCCCCGACAAGCUGAUCCGUCACCACGAGCGACGCAUGGGGGCGGGGCUGAGGGAGGAGGCGGACCUGGUGACGCAGAAGUUUGAGAAGACGGCGGCGGCCAGCGAGAAGGAGAAGAGGGCCAACGUGGCUCGUCUGCGCCUGCUGCUCUCCAACAGCGAGCUGGACAAGCUGAGCCGCGGCGAGGAGGAGCGACAGCGGCGUCUGCGCGACGCCAUCCUUGCCUCGCAUCAGGAACUGCAGGAGCGUGCGAGACGCAAAGGGGAGGAGUUUGUGACAUCGCUGGCGACGCUGACGGAGAACCUCCUCCUUCAAAUGGACCAGCUUCCUCUCGCAGAAGUGACCUGGGAGGACAGACCGGUCACCGUGGAGACGGGACAGCCCUGCAGGAUGUGGGCGGGCAUUCCUCACCUGUCAGCUGACUCGCCAACCACGGCGACCAUCGCCACCAGCAGGUGCACCCUGGGACACGUGGCCGUCGUGCACUGCAGAGACGCCGCUGUCAAGCGUUUCCAGCAGGCGUCGGCGUCGGUGCUGUCACAAUGCGAGGCAGACAAGCGGAGGCGUGUCAACGAGCUCCAGAGCUGGAAGACGCACUGGAAGCAGCAGACGCACGCGCGCGCACACGCACGCACGCACAGCACGUGAUUUCAUGGGCUGGCGGCCAAUCACCACACGGCGCCAUCAGAUUCCACGACGCCUUUUAUUUCAUCCGGCUUCACGAUUCCGACGUCACCUCGGACACGCUGUCGAUGGAGCGCAGCAGCUGGGAGACCAGAUGCAGAGACUCCGCCCCCUCCAGCAGCCGACUGAAUAAACACGCCGUCGGUCACGUGACCCCAAACGUGUUAUGUUUCAUGACGCAAACAUCAUCGAUAAACCUCACUGACCGGAUGGAGGAGUGGGCGUGGCUUGCCGUCUUGUCCAGGUAGUCAGACGCCACGUGGGCGUUGUGCCUCAUCGCCAUGACGAUGUCAGACUGGCCCGACGUCAGGCUGGCGUUUUCUGAGCGUAGACGGUCAACCUCAGCCUGACGCACACAUGACGCACACAUGACGCACACAUGACGCACACAUGACGCACGUGAGCAUGACCACGUGCACGUGCACGAUGUGAGGCGUGUGCGUGUGCAAGAGAGACCUGCAGCAGGCGGAGCUCCGCCCUCAUCUUGGAGGCACCGCCCUCAGCUCUCAGGGCUCUUGUCUGCCAAAGAGAAGGUGGGUUACCAUGACAACGAGUCAACACGGUAACCUGGCGCCCCCCCGGUGGACGUGAUCCAAGACGCACCGUCAUCAGCUCCAGGUUCCGCUCCACAGAGAGGACCAUGUUCUCCAUGUCUCGGACCUCCUGCUGCUCCUGACAGCGCCGCUGCCGUAGCUCCGCCUCCAGGGCCUCCACCCUGUGCAAAGCAUGCUGGGUAAUGGGAGGAGCUACAGCCCAAUUGGCUGCGUCAUACCUAUGCUCGUUGGCUUCUGAUCUUCUCUGAAGGUCCGUGAUGGUUCUCCUCAGCCAGCGGUUCUCUUGCUGCAGCUGCACACAUCAAAGGUCACA